AGCUUCUUGGGGUCCCUGCCUGGCUUCAGUUCUGCCCGGAACCUGGUGGCCAACACCCACAGCUCAGCGAGAGAGGCCCGGCCAGUCACUGAUCCCGCAGGUGUUCCCACCCCCCAGGCUGCCCAGCCCCAAGCCCAGGUGUUCCUCACACUCUCCAUCCCACCACCUCCCAUCACCCUGUUUCCGAUAACCGUGGACCAGGAACUGGGUGUUCUGCAUGCCUGAGCUCACUGGGGAUGGCGACCCUGGUUCCCAGAGGACAGCGGCUUCCCUGGAGUGAUACAUCCUGGGGGUCUCCCCACCCUCUAGCUGCUCAGGGGGGCACGCAGAAGGGCUGAUGCAGCAGGGCCCAGGGUUGGGUAGCUGCCCAAGCAGCCACUGACCCAGAGCAGACGGCCAGGGGGCUGGAGAAGCUGCCGCUGCCUUCAGACAAGAUGAUCUCCGGGGCAAAGGACCUGGUGAGCUCCACCAUGACCAGGACCCAGGAUGCUCUCUCCUCCGGGGUGGCCAACCUGGUAGACUCGGCUAAAGGCGUGGUCCAGGGAGGUCUCAGCAUUACCCGAUCUGCGCUCACGGGAACCAAGGAGACUGUGGCCAGUGGGGUCAUGGGGACAGUGGGCGUGGCCAAAGGGGCCGUUCAGACCAGUGUGGACACCACCCACACCGCGCUGACCGGCACCAAAGACACCGUCUGCAGUGGAGUGACUGGUGCUGUGAAAAUGGCCACAGGGGCUGUCCAGGGGGGCUUGGACACCUCAAAGGCUAUUCUCACAGGCACCAAAGACACCGUGUCCACCGGGCUCACCGGGGCACUGGGUGUGGCCAAGGGCGCCGUCCAGACUGGCAUGGACACCACCAAGACGGUUCUGACUGGCACCAAAGACACAGUGUCCACCGGGCUCACUGGGGCACUGGGUGUGGCCAAGAGUGCUGCACAGGCUGGCAUGGACACCACCAAGACGGUUCUAAGUGGCACCAAAGACACCGUGUCCACUGGGCUCACCGGAGCCAUGGGUGUCGCCAAGGGCACUGUCCAGACUGGCAUGGACACCACCAAGAAGGUUCUGAGUGGCACCAAAGACACCGUGUCCACUGGGCUCACCGGGGCACUGGGUGUGGCCAAGGGAACAGUCCAGACUGGCAUGGACACCACCAAGACGGUUCUGAGUGGUACCAAAGACACCGUGUCCACUGGGCUCACCGGGGCACUGGGUGUGGCCAAGGGCGCCGUCCAGACUGGCAUGGACACCACCAAGACGGUUCUGACUGGCACCAAAGACACAGUGUCCACCGGGCUCACUGGGGCACUGGGUGUGGCCAAGAGUGCUGCACAGGUUGGCAUGGACACCACCAAGACGGUUCUGAGUGGCACCAAAGACACCAUGUCCACCGGGCUCACCGGGGCACUGGGUGUGGCCAAGGGUGCUGUCCAGACUGGCAUGGACACCACCAAGACGGUUCUGACUGGCACAAAAGACACCGUGUCCACUGGGCUCACCGGGGCACUGGGUGUGGCCAAGGGAACAGUCCAGACUGCCAUGGACACCACCAAGACGGUUCUAAGUGGCACCAAAGACACCGUGUCCACUGGGCUCACCGGAGCCAUGGGUGUCGCCAAGGGCACUGUCCAGACUGGCAUGGACACCACCAAGAAGGUUCUGAGUGGCACCAAAGACACAGUGUCCACUGGGCUCACCGGGGCACUGGGUGUGGCCAAGGGAACAGUCCAGACUGGCAUGGACACCACCAAGACGGUUCUGAGUGGUACCAAAGACACCGUGUCCACUGGGCUCACCGGAGCCAUGGGUGUGGCCAAGGGCGCCGUCCAGACUGGCAUGGACACCACCAAAGUUGCUUUGACUAGCACCAAAAACAUUGUGUCCACUGGGCUCACUGGAGCCCUGGGUGUGGCCAAGGGAACAGUCCAAACUGGCAUGGACACCACCAAGAUGGCUCUGAGUGGCACCAAAGACACCGUAUCGACCGGGCUCACCGGGGCACUGGGUGUGGCCAAGAGUGCUGCACAGGCUGGCAUGGACACCACCAAGACGGUUCUGACUGGCACCAAAGACACCGUGUCCACUGGGCUCACCGGGGCACUGGGUGUGGCCAAGGGUGCCGUUCAGACUGGCAUGGAUACCACCAAAGUUGCUUUGACUAGCACCAAAAACAUUGUGUCCACCGGGCUCACUGGAGCCAUGGGUGUGGCCAAGAGUGCUGCACAGGCUGGCAUGGACACCACCAAGACGGUUCUGACUGGCACAAAAGACACCGUGUCCACUGGGCUCACCGGGGCACUGGGUGUGGCCAAGGGAACAGUCCAGACUGGCAUGGACACCACCAAGACGGUUCUGAGUGGUACCAAAGACACCGUGUCCACUGGGCUCACCGGAGCCAUAGGUGUGGCCAAGGGCGCCGUCCAGACUGGCAUGGACACCACCAAGAAGGUUCUGAGUGGCACCAAAGACACAGUGUCCACUGGGCUCACCGGGGCACUGGGUGUGGCCAAGGGAACAGUCCAGACUGGCCUGGACACCACCAAGACGGUUCUGAGUGGCACCAAAGACACCGUGUCCACUGGGCUCACCGGGGCACUGGGUGUGGCCAAGGGUGCUGUCCAGACUGGCAUGGACACCACCAAGACGGUUCUGACUGGCACCAAAGACACCGUGUCCACUGGGCUCACCGGGGCACUGGGUGUGGCCAAGGGAACAGUCCAGACUGGCAUGGACACUAGCAAAGUUGCUUUGACUAGCACCAAAAACAUUGUGUCCACGGGGCUCACCGGGGCACUGGGUGUGGCCAAGAGUGCUGCACAGGCUGGCAUGGACACCACCAAGACGGUUCUGAGUGGCACCAAAGACACCGUGUCUACCGGGCUCACCGGGGCACUGGGUGUGGCCAAGAGUGCUGCACAGGCUGGCAUGGACACCACCAAGACGGUUCUGAGUGGCACCAAAGACACUGUGUCCACCGGGCUCACCGGAGCCAUGGGUGUGGCCAAAGGCGCUGUCCAGACUGGCAUGGACACCACCAAGACGGUUCUGAGUGGCACCAAAGACACCGUGUCUACCGGGCUCACCGGGGCACUGGGUGUGGCCAAGGGUGCCGUCCAGACUGGCAUGGACACCACCAAGACGGUUCUGAGUGGUACCAAAGACACCGUGUCCACUGGGCUCACCGGAGCCAUGGGUGUGGCCAAGGGCGCCAUUCAGACUGGCAUGGACACCACCAAGACGGUUCUGACUGGCACCAAAGACACCGUGUCCACUGGGCUCACCGGAGCCAUGGGUGUGGCCAAGGGCGCCAUUCAGACUGGCAUGGACACCACCAAGACGGUUCUGACUGGCACCAAAGACACUGUGUCCACUGGGCUCACUGGGGCACUGGGUGUGGCCAAAGGAACAGUCCAGACUGGCAUGGACACUACCAAGACUUUUCUGAGUGGCACAAAAGACACCGUGUCCACCGGGCUCACCGGGGCCAUGGGCGUGGCUAAGAGUGCCGUCCAGUUAGGUGUGGACACCACCAACGUCGUUCUGACUGGCAACAAAGAUACAGUGUCCACCGGGCUCACCGGGGCACUGGGUGUGGCCAAAGGGGCUGUGCAGUCUAGUCUGGGCACCAUCCAGAAUUGGUUACCUGGUGCCAAGGACACUUUCUGGGGUGGACUCAUCAAUGAUAGGGCCUCAGACAAAUGUGGGGAACAGACUCUCCAGCACCCCCAGGAAGCCCCAUGCUGCAGGGUCUCCAGUCCCCCAGACAGUCUCUGUGCAGGCCCGGACCUUGUUUCUGCUGUGGCACCAUUCACACAAGCGGCUGCCCUGGGCAAGGAUGAUGCAGGGCCCACGGCCACCACAUGCAGCCAAGGAGGAGCCAUGGGCUUGGCGACAGUCCGGGACGAGCAGGAGCUGGGAGAGAUCUUCCACCCCAUGACUGCCGAGGAGCAAGCUCAGCUGGCAGCCUCUCAGCCCGGGCCCAAGGUGUCCACAGCCGACCAGAGCAGCUAUUUUGUGCGUCUGGGAGACCUGUCCCCUGGCUUCCGCCAGCGGGCUUUUGAGCACGCCCUGAGCCACCUGCAGCACAGCCAGUUCCAGGCGAGGGGCGCUCUGGCCCAGCUCGAGGACUCCUUCAGGCUGAUGGAAAAGGACAAGCAGGCUCCAGAAGGGCAGCAGCCGCCGAAUCUGGGCCUGAGCAGUGGAGGAGAGAAAGCCAGUACCCACGAGGUGCCAGAUGCAGGGACUCUGUCCAGGGCCUGCGGCCUCAUCCAGCAGCUCCACGUCGCCUACAGCAACCUGGCCUCCGGCCUCCAGGGUCUCCCUGCCGAGCUCCAGCAGCGGGUCAGGCGGGCACGGCACAGCCUCUGUGAGCUCUACAGCCUCAUGUCCUCUGCCAGCUCCAUCUCGGAGCUGCCGGCCGAGCGCCUGGCCCAGAGCCGCGGUGGCGUAGGCCAGGCCUGGCAAGGGCUGGAACAGCUGCUGGAGAGUGUGCAGCACAGCCCCCCACUCAGCUGGCUGGUGGGGCCCUUCGCCCUGCAGCCCGGUGGGCAGCAGCUGUAGGUCCCCCUUGGAGCCUCCGCAGCCCCAGCUCCCCGGAGCUCUGGACCCUGCUGGCAGGCGCUGGUCAGGGCACCAAGGACUUUCUCCAGGGCUGCACCGUCCACCUUUCUUGCCCAGCAAGCCUGGGCCUGCUCCUGGCCUGGGAGCCCAGAGUUGCUAAGAGCGUUGACAGUGGGCCUUCGCUUGAAGAUCCUGAGCAAGCACCCCAGUCAGGAAAGAGAAGUGAAACGUGCCUAAGUCUAGAAGGUUCUCCACUCAGCACCUCCACUAGGAACCCCUAUCUUUGGGGGUAGGGGGAGUCUUCCAACCCCACAGUUGGGGCCUUUAGCUACCAGCUUAGCAGGUGGUCCUGCUCCUCCACCCUCAUUCUGAAAGCACCCACCCCCACCCUUAGCAAACACCUUGCACCAGAAUGUACCAGAACGCCAUGGUCAACCUGACGCAGGAUCCCACCUCCUCUGUUGACCUCUGUGUGGCCAAGAGAAGGGGCUUUGUGAGGACAAUGCUGCCAGGAGCCAACGCCCCACCCCACCCCCACCCCCACCCCAGGGCUCUGCAGGGGCCUGCCUUGAGAACUGCACUGUUCAGGGGUGAGGGGGGUGGGUUAUAAAAUAAGCCGCUUCCUGCCUUUUCUGCUCACCUACCUGCCUGUCCCCAGCAGGGCUGAUCCUAGAGAGAAUCCCAGAGCUGAGGUUCUGCGGUCCCUGAGGCACCUGGGCCCAGAGGCUGCCAAUGGCAGAACAAAAGGGCUUCCCCACAGGGAGCAAGGCCCUAGGGCGUAUGUGACAAAAUGUGCUCAACCAUCAAUCAUUCAGGUCUUGGUCAUGCACUCCAGACUGGAGACCAUGAUUUCGGGGUGCCCCUGCCUUCCUGGCUAGAGGUCCAAGCCCCCCUCCUGCACCCCACUCCAGGAUGUUCAUCUAAGAAACGCCCCCGCUGGCCUCGCCCUUUUUCCAGCGGGGGCCCGCACAUCAGAAGACCAGCAGCCCCAGCCCAAGCCCCCGGCUUCCCAGAGCCCGCACCAUGCCGACAGCUCCCCCCACUGCACCCUCUUCUCAGAAAUGACCGGCUGCUCCCAGCUCAGACAGAUGGGCCGGCCCUCCCCAAAGGUCCCCAAGGCUGCCAGGACCUGCACCGGGGGCUGGCACCUAGUGCAACCUGGGAACCCGUUAGGAGGACUUCGGAGCUGCUCCUUGCUUGGCCUCCAUUAAGGAAGGUUAUCAGAAGAGGUGACACUAGGAAACAGCGAUUUGCGGAAACCCGGCCCAAGUCCAGUCAAAGGAGACGUGGCCGCCAGGGUUCAGGAAGGCCCCUGCCACACCGCGGUCUCCUGUCAGCUGGGAUGGGUGGACUUGCCGGGGGAGGGCGACACAUAGCAGAGGCCAGUGUUUAACCAGCAGCUGCCAUGUACAGGCGCCUGGCUGGGAGCCGCUCACACGUCCCCCACCUGAACCCACGCGACAGCCUUAUGAGGCAGGGGUCAUCCCCUCAACAGGUGACGAAAGAGAAGCCAAGAGCAGGAGUGCCACUUGCCCAAAGUCACACAGCCUGCCCCCAAUGCUUAUGCUAACCACGUAGGGACAGCGCACUUCCUGGCCUGAACGCCCCAAACUGGCGGUGCUGAGGACCCUGGGUCUUGCCUUGGGGGUCCCAGGGCCACCUGCAACCUGAGCAGGACAGGAAAUGGCUGACUCCGUGGAAAAAGGCAGCAGCUUCCAGGGAAACACGGCGACUCCAGGCCCGGCCCUGCCCUCCCAGCCUCUGCUCCUCCUGCUUCGGCACCAGCAGCCAAACCCAGGACGAUCAAACCACAGCCUCUGUUGGAGCCGCAAAAUCCAGAGGGUUUUAUUUCUCCUUUUUUAUUUUUGGAAAGGCCUUGCUCCCACCCCGCUCCUUCAUUGUCAGCCCUGCUGGACCACCAGGAGCACCGUUAGAACCAAGUUCACAUUCAUUGUAUACGGUGACACUAUGGCUUAAAACGCUUUGUCCCCACGCGAGCCCUGGACAGUGACAGACCUCUCCCCAGCUCCAGCCCAGCUGUACCAGUAAUGCUAGAAAACCAAACCAAUAAAAAUGAUUUUUUUUUCAUUAAAAAAACCCUUUAUAGUCAUUUUGUGUCGGUUGGAAAUCACAGAAAUUAGGCAGAAAAAAAACCCAGAGGGACG